CGUGUUGCCAGUUUCUAUUAGUACGCUUACUAGUUCUACGAAUGGUCCUCUAUAAAUCCGGGCAGCUGAGUUGCCAGCUACGUUGAGAAACCCUUUCCUGCGGUCUCCCAUUUUACCGUAAACAUGCGACCACCAAGAAUCGUCAUCCUCGUCCUCUUCUUCGCUGCUUGCCUCUUCCUCGUAUGUCGCGCCGUCACAUCCGCUGGCCGCCCCGCUCCCGUCAUAUCUUCUUCCCAUCCCGCGCAAAAGUCCGGCUUCACUGGUUUCAGAUCCCUUUUCUCUUUCACGACACCUUUCACUCUUUUCCCGCCGAACGCUAUCAUCACCAUAGCCGAUGACAACAGUACCUCGUUCGCAGCAAGACCUGCAGCUUUUGGACCUCCCUUGCCAACAAACGGCUUAAACGGACAGCUAUGGAUCGGUAGUGGCUUUACGGAGGAGUCUAUGCAAGAUGGAGAAGGGGAAGGCGAAUUGGGUUGCAGCGACGUGCCCGGUUGGGACGAUGGAACCUCGAACGCCGUCUUGAAACCGUCCGUGAAAGAAAUUCAACAUAAGUUCAAACCUGCCAUCGCGGCCGAGAAGGUUAAAAAUCAGAAACGGGGGGGUUCCAAGACCCCUUUAGUCGACCGAACUGCAGCGUCCAAGUCCGAGUCCAGAUCCAAGGCUAAGCCUGUAGACGACGGAACCGAUGAUUAUCUUCACCAAAAGCUUGACAAGUCGGUUACAUCGCAGAGUGAUGCACUUGGUUCUUCGAGUUCGGGGCAUGCAGAUAUUCAAUCCAUACAAGAGGGAGCUGAGAUUGACGGCAAGAUAGUUCUAUUAAGUCGAGGAGGUUGCGGUUUUCUCGAGAAAGUGAAGUGGGCUCAGCGACGAGGCGCCAUUGCUUUAAUCGUUGGAGACAAUCAGAGAGGUGGUCCAUUGAUACAGAUGUACGCCCACGGGGACACGUCUAAUGUUACUAUCCCUUCUAUCUUCACAUCUCGUACGACCGCGUAUCUGCUCUCGCUUAUGAUGCAGCCUGGGAGCUUUAUCGAAGAUAUAAUUGAUGAGAACGGAAAACCUUCUUUGAAAGUGCAGCAGUCCGAGAAAGCCCGAAAGAACAGGAGGGCAAGACAAGCUGGCGUGCCAGCCCAGUCUACCAAAUCCAACUCAAAACCCGAAAACCCGCAAACGCUCCUAAACAGAAGGCCCUCGCCGUCAGGUGAUGGGCCGUCAAGCUGGCUUGGAAAUAUUUUUAGCUGGGGUUCUAACUCUCGUUCUAACUCAGCAGCAAGCGGCAGCCGUCCUCCUAGCAGUGGCCAACUUGACUGGGUGCUGGUUGAAGACUUUUCGGAUGAAAGGGACAAGAUCAUAAAAAAUAGUCUUGAGCGCGCUUCGAGGGAUAGAUUGGAUGGUGCUUCAAAGCCAAAAUCUAAGCAACCCCCGGAUGAUAAUUUUCAGAUAGGUGUGGAAGACUGGCGUGAUCCGGAUCUAGUUAGGUCUUCUGAGCUCAACGAUGGAUCUCAAGACUCAGUGGAGAUGGGCAGCAGGCUUUCGAAACCGGAUUCGGGGCCUAGUAGAGCCUCGAACAAUAAGAAACAACACCCCAACAUACAAACUAAUGGUAGGGUUACUCCUAACAGCGGGCGAUAUGCCGCAGGUCGUAUGCCCGCAAAAGGGUCCGAUGCUAUCGGAUCAGCUAAUAAAAAGGUAUCGACUUCAUCUAAGGAUGGCCUUAUUUCCAAGAUAUUUGGAGACGACGAUGGAGUGGACUUGGCCAAAGUCGAGGCCCAUUCUAAGCCAGUCGAUACGGCUAACAAGGCAACGCCCACUCCUAAUCCCGGGGGUUCUCUUCCCGAUGAACGAGAAGGCCUCUGGGUUAUCAUUACCCCCUCAAGUGGCGCCAGCCCAUUCUUUGAUACCCUCCUAGUUCUAGUCAUUAGUCCUCUUAUCACACUCACAGUGGUUUAUGCUCUACUCAUUUUACGAGCGCGCAUUAGACGAAGACGAUGGAGAGCGCCAAAAUCGGUAGUUGAACGACUUCCGGUGCGUACGUAUCAUACAGUAGCAUCCUCAUCGAGUCGUACUUCCAGGGUCCCAUCUCCUACUAGUCCGUCGCCGACAACACCGUUACUCCAGAGUCAACAUAGCCCAUCGAGGUCUAGGCCGCGGUCACGGACUACUACGGGUGUGCCCUCAGCUGAUGAUCUUCUGCAAGUUGAAUCUUCCUUGCCUACCCCCAAGCCCUCCUCACAUCCAGAACACGAGAAACGUAAUGCGCAACACGCAAGCCAGUGGAGGAAAUAUAUGGGUCGGCAAGUCGAGUGCGUUGUAUGCUUAGAAGAAUACGUCGACGGUGUCAGCCAAGUUAUGAGUCUACCUUGCGGGCACGAGUUCCAUGUGGACUGCAUAACGCCUUGGUUGAUUACCCGACGGCGAACUUGUCCCAUUUGCAAGGGUGAUGUCGUCCGGUCUCUAGCUCGUGGGAUGCCAUCAAGUCCUCGAUACGAACCCUAUCAAGACGAUAGCGAUGAAGAUAUAGCUGAGCAAGCAACAAGCUCUGCAUCGCCUGACAAUCCAGUCGGAGAAGCGGACAAUUCUGACGUAGAGCAAGGCACGCCGCUAUUACGCCACGCGCAUCAGGAUAAUUGGUUCAGUACACUGAGGGACAACAUACGAAAUGGGUUCCUGUUCUGGUCCAGGCGAGCACCAGAAGAAACAGAAAACCAAGGCAGGGAAUAGGUCUUUCCACUUGUACGAUCUGCUUCUACAUGAUACCAUAGGCGUUUGGUCACUGCAGCGACAUGAUUUUUAAUAUACUGGUUACGGUUUGGGAAAGCAUCAGGGAAUAAGGUUAACGGUUAAGGACUGGGCUCGUCGUGUUGGUACACGCAUAA